CACAGCACGGCACCGGAGUUCAGGUGAGCUCUCUUUCUGUAGAUAUGCUGCUGAGAGAUUGGCAGAGAGCCGCUGUCUGGAUUGUGGAACAAUAGGACGUCUGCUUUGACAGUGCACUGCAGCUUGAGCGUAGAUGAUUCUGCGCUGAAAACAACCUCAUGGGGAACAGAAGAGUCAAAUGAGCGUCAGUUUCUGACAAGAAAGGCCCGAGCUACCAGCUAAGACAUUCCAGAUGUGACUUUUACUGAUAGAACCCAGUGACAAAGGAGCUGAGUUUCAGUGAGGUUACACAGAUACAAGGAUGCCUUCAGACUGGACAGGGAUUUACAUAAAGGCUUGACUCUUUCUGACCUGAAGCUUUUUGGAGGACUCUCAGCUAAAUACACCUGUCAGUUUGGCCCCAGCGAAAAAGGAAAAAGCACAAGCUAGCACCCACCCCCAUUUUGAAAACCAUUUUCACUUCUCAAGCACCAAAUUGAUGAUUUGGGAUUUUGAAUAAACUGUGAUAUAAGAUCUAUAGAUAGUAUUAUGCAUGAGAGAUGCUCUUGCUGGUUAUCUGCAAACACAUAAAUAAACCACCCAAAGCCAAAAAAAUACGUCAAAGCUUGUGACCUUAUUGUGACAUUGACAGCCUUUUGACUUUUUUUUACAGACUUUAAACUUCAUUUGGUUUCUCUGUUGCCAGCAAGUUCCCAGGAAAUAAACAAUCUGCCGUUCCAAAUAUCUGUACUGCAUGCUGCAGGCAAAACAUUUAGUUCUAAAACAGUUUUACUACUAAAUUGUCAUGUUUUGAGGUUCUCAGUGUAAAGAGCUUUUGAGCUACAAGUAUACAAGGUGUUUUAGCAUAACUGACCAUUCAAAUCGCGAAAUUUCCAUGACCUUUUUUUGUAGGAAUCUUUUCACUGGACCCAUUUUGAAGAAGCAUCCGGGAAAUACCCCUUACAUUUUUUUUUUAAAUAUCAUAAAAACAAAGUGUGAUUACUCCUCAGCUCUCAUUUAUUGGCAUUUCUUGAAUAACUAUCUCUGACGGAGGAGGAGGGUAAUAAACACUUAUGUUGAAAAACCUUCACAAUGGAAGAUGUGCUGUGUUCCUCCUAGCUGGCACUGCCUCUACCACUGGACGUCUUGUGAUUUUGUCUGAAGCCUCACUGGCACUGGAUGCUCAUUGAGUCACGAAGGUCACACCUCCCUUGCUGCGGUCAGUGACCCUCCCUGACGCCUGCGAAGCAGAAUUGCAAAAGGGACAUAAAGUCAGUUCAUUAAGGCUCCAAUUAGCUUCAGGAGAUCAUCUCUGGUGGGAGAACUGGAGAAGAUGCAUCAACAAGUCGAACGACAAGUGACCUGGACUGGGCUAAAUUCCUUUGCCAGCCUUGAUAAAGAGAGACGUGACCGUAAGAUCGCCAAUGGAAACCCGGCACUGGGACCCAGCACCGAUCUUCCAGGCAGAAAAACAAACCUCAGUCGAAGUGCCAGCUUAUCAGAAAAGGAACUAAAAGAGGCUCGAGACAGAAGUCAGAUCAUCGCUGCCCAGCUAACGAUUCCGUCAAAUGCCAGCUCCCGAGGAGUGCAGCUCUUUAACAAGCGCAGGACACGUGUGAACGCCUUCACUCUGGUUAGCUUUGGAAAGGGCGUCGGACAGGAGGCUUCUGGCGAUGACAAGAACCGUCCUCCUAAGAACACCCUGACAUGGGAAGACAGACUCUCUGAAGGGAAGGAGAAAGAAUUUAACGGCAGAAAUAGCGAUUCUCAACUCUCCAGAUCUUCUAGUGUACUAAUCCAGAAGGAUAGCAAAAGCGUUUUGGAUCAAGGUGAGCCAAUUCCAAAAAUGGAUAAUUCUGCCGUUCGAGAGGAAGAUAGGCAUUUUCUUCCUGUGAAAGAGAAUGAUGCAGAAUUUUUGAGUGAUAUCGCAGAAAAAGUCAAUGAAGAAUUAGAUUACAGUAACUGCAGUAACAAAUCUGUCCAGUCCAGCAAGGGCAAAGGUGAGGUGGCGGUCACCACUGCGGCCACGGACUCCUUCAUUUUACCGGGAGAAAUACCAAAUGGUAGUCAUGGUGACCAGAACACUGAAAAUGGCUCACCAUCCCUGAUGAAGCAAACUACGGCUAUCGUUAAUCGGACAGCACGUCCAUUUGGGUCACCCAAUGUUCUGAGGUCCCCAGAAACCAGGAGUCCAGUCAUGGUCUCUCCCCAACACACUCUUCCAACAUUUAACAAGCCUCUUCCACAAGCCUUCUCCCCCCCGCCCCCUGCCUUUUCACCUUCUCCGGUUUCACCUCCUGCAUGCUCUGCUCCACCUGAAUUCUUCAGUCCCCCUCCAGUGUCUCGUAUCGUUUCGCCUUCACCAGGCCUGGCCCAAUACGCACCAGCGGUGACUCCAAGACCGCAUUACAACCCUCAGCUCAUCAGUGAAAGAAAGCAGCAGGUGCCUAUAAGAACAGGAAUCCUGGAUGAGGGCAAGACGCGUAGGGCGACUCGAAAGGCCAUGUUCACAUUUCAAGAGAAGCCAAAGCUUGAUCCAAACCCCGAGCUCCUGUCUCUAGUCCAAGGAGUUGAUGAGAAAAAGAAGUUAAGGUCCCAAUUUGAGCACAUGCAAGAAGAGGAGUUGCUGGAACUUGGAGCUGAAGCUUCUAAUUUUCUUGCUAAAGACACGUCCUGCAUUGAGGAAGUAAAGGUACCUGAGUGGUCCUCAUGUUUGAAGAGAUCUGAAACAAGGGUCAGGCUUGUUCCCAAGGCAGAGCAGGGACUGACUAAUGCAUCAGGAAAGGGGGCUCAGCUUUUUGCUAGACGUCAGUCCAGAAUGGAAAAAUAUGUGGUAGGGACCCCAUCAGGGAUAGAGGGGUAUGUGAGAUCUCCCUCCCCCACUGCAUCCUUGCCUCCAUCUUGGACCUUCCCAUCCAGCAUGCCAGGCCGAGUUAGGGCCAUGGCCAGUUCUUCUAAAAUCAAUAUACAGCCACCAAAGAUGGUCAAAACUGCACCUGUUGUUGUUGCAAAACCAACUCCAGCAGCAGAGUCUCCAGUCUUGGAGAAUGGAUGUACCAAGACUGAGAUGAAGCUAUACAAGCAUCAGCCUUAUCAGCUGGACUCUUCUCUGUUCAUCCUGAACCCAACCAAAGACCCAAUGAGCUCUUUACCAAAAGCAGCACCACCCCCCAAACCGGUGGUUUCAGAGAAAGUUUAUAUGCGGCAAACCUCUUUGCCGAUGAAUUCCACUCCCAUCUCUCCCCAUUUAAGUUCUCCAGUUCCUUUCAGGUCACCAAAGAGCCCUUCAACUCACGUUCCCCAAAGCCGAGUUAAUGGAAUGGGAUCUGCGGAUGCCAGACCGAAUUAUGAAGCGUCUCCCAGACCAGAAGUAGGACACCAAAGAGCUUCUCCUAUCUCUCCUUUAUCUCCUCAGCGUGUGGCAUCACAGCGGCCUGGAAUCCAGGCACCAAGACCUACGUUCUCUGCCAGGAAAGCAGGAAUUGAGCCUCAGACCAGAGGCGAGGCCCUGUCCAGCCCAAGCACUCCCACCACCCUCCACUCCAGGCAGUCCCGAAGCCCAGAUGGACCCGCCAGCGGGGUGAAGGUCCACCCUGCCUCAUGCCUCCAGGCUCCCUCACCGCUGCCUCCGACGUGGGACGAAAGAUCUCAGUCCCCCAGCGUCAGCCAGGAUGACAAGGCCAAUCGGCGGCUGCUAGCCAAAAACAUAAUAAAUGCUGCAAAGCGCAAGAACAGCCCAUCCCCAGGUGCCCUGGGGGGUCGGGGGAUGUCCGUGUCCCCUGGCUUCCUGCCUCCCCAUGGUCAGCGGCCUUUCAGCCCCUUCCAGUCCCGCUCACCCACCUUCAUCAGCCCGCCGCCGACACCCACCCGCUCCAUGCACUCCCCUGUGUGUCUUUACACCACCCGCUCUCUCACUGACUCUGACGCCUCGGUGGACUCCGAGGAUUUGGGUCUCAGGUCACCCGGGACCCGCAGCUACAACACCUCCCCCCGCGGUUGGGGUGGGAGUUUGAGGCUGAAGAGGGGAAAUUUCCCCGCUGACCUCUAGGAAGCACCUCUGCGUACGACCAGAUUGGCAAGCCCUGCGUCUUUCAUCGUCAUGCUGUUCCAUUACUCUCUCUGGCGCUUUGCUGCAAAAAAGAUACAUUUCUUUACUUUUAAUUGCAGCUUUUCUCUUAGCAGAUUGAUUCUGAUCGAGUUUUCAUUUUUGUUACUUUUGAGAGUGAUUUACGGCCCUUUUCUUAACAGAGUUACGUGCAAAUUAGAAAAAGCUUUUUGUAGUGGGACGGUAUAUUUGUGAUUUUGGCACAACUGACGGGACAGGGAUUUAGAGAAAUGUUAUUGGUUAUUUGGACAGUUCGAUGUGAUGGUUACAGGUAACUGGGAUGUCCUUUGAAUAAGAGCAUCAGUGAAGACAGGGCUUAACAAUUUGCCGACAUUCUCUCUUGAUAAUAGCCGGAGAAGAUGAAGAUGACAUGAAGAACAUUUUCAUUCGUUGUCAUUGUAUUUGCUUUGCGUACCAAACGAUAACUUUAGAGCAAAGAGGAAGGUUCUCACGCAGUAAUCUUUUAACAAAGUCUACUACAGUGCAAUAAUCCAUGUAUCAUUUUCCCCCCUAUGUACUCUGUAACAUAAUGUUUUUUGGUUGUUAAUAGAAUGUUACAUAUCAUAUAAAGUCACUGAAAAGUAGAGGCAAAAGGUGGAGAGCUGAACUCACACAAUGUUCACAGUGUGUCAGUGAUAAAGGUGGAUGCACACAAUUCAGUAUUUAUGCAGUGAUUUGUCUGCAUCAGUUUAGAGCAAAGUAGUUUUUCAGAACGAAAACUUGAAAUCCCAGUUGAAUUUCAGUAGGAAGUGCUUAAUAGUGUCUUAUUAACAUCCAAUGUCAUUGAAACGUUCCUGUUUUCCAGAAGCUAAUUUAAUGGAAGUCUAGGCUUGUAUCGAAGGUUUCUUCAUUCAUUUUAAGUAUGUUGAUGAUGGUCAGAUGCUGGAUGCCUUUGGGACGUAAGACGUAAUGUCAGUCGAGGAGGGUGUACUCUUAAGAGAGGUUCCGGAUUUUUUCGCUUGUUUACAAUGGAGGUUCAAAGGGAAGUUUCCAGGAAAUAUUCAGACAUUACACAUUUCAUAGAAGAGUAUCAUCAAGUAUAUUUUUACAUAGUGAUUUGUUGUUAAUUAUUCCAUUUCAUUUUGGUAAUUGCAUUUGGAUGAUUUUUGUUUGUUUUUGGCCUGAUUGUGCAAAGCAGGUGUUAUUCUGAAGACAUCCAUGCUGUAUGACAAUGUACAACAUCUGGGCUGAUCCUGUUUUGGACACUGAAUAUGCAUCAUCAUGUAAACUGCGAGUAUAACGCGACCACUUUACCACAAACAGAUGCUUCGCAGGCCUGUAGCCCAGCCCACCAGUGCCCGAAUUACAUUUCACCCCUCAGCACAAAGAGGGCUACACUGUCAGCAAAAAGUACCAGUUUGUACCUUUGAGGGUCGCUGUAUCUGACAGUUGUACUCUAGCUGUCGGUUAAUGUAACUUCAGGUUUAAUUCAAGGUACAGAAAUGGACAUUUUGUACCAUUGAGGGUACAAAUGAUGUCUGUACCUUGGGGAACAAACCUCUCCCAGGGCUGUACCCUUUUUUCUGACAGUCUAGAGCUAAUCCUCGCAUAUCUUAACAGGGCUCAGCUUAGGCAUAAAGCAAUGGAUAUUUCAGUGCUUCUACCCACUAUGAGUUACGCGUUGAAUAAUGUCAUAUUGUCAUGCAUGGGCCUGCAGCUGGUCUCCUCGAACACGGUUGGUAUAUUUCAUGUCUUGCAAAAGCUGCUUGUGAUACAGCGUGAUUAAAAGUUUAACCAAAAUCAUAUCCCCAUCCCUAAUGCUCUGCUGUUUAAAGAAAUAAAAUAUAUCAGUUACCA